GUACAAAAAUCGUGGGAACAAAAUAAGAACACGGCAGGGAAUUUGGGGCUGCAUCAAUUCCAGAUCGGUUCCGGGACGGUGACCCAUACAUUUCUCCGUGUCUGUUCAAGAAUCGGAGGGGUUAAGUGUCGAUGCCGACGGCUCUAUUUAAUCACAACCGCGGCCGUGCGUCGGCAACAUCUACUCGCUACUCGAUUCGUCGCGCGGGUGGGGAGGUAGCUCACUCAUGGCCAGGACCGCGGUGGGUCGCCGCCGUCGGCCGCAGGCGUCCCGCUGCGACGACCGGAUCAGCGGCGUCCCCGACGAUCUCCUCCUUUCGGUCCUGCGCCGCCUCGACAUCCGGACGGCGCUCGGCACCGCGGCCCUCUCCAGGCGCUGGGCCCGCCUCAACCGUUUUAGGGAAGAUGCUGAGUUUGACCAAGAUCUCAACACUGGUCCCGGAACAGGAGAAAGAAACUUUGGGGGGCUUCUUGAGGUACUUAAAGGAAGUGAAGGCGCCUCUAACCAUCAAGAGUGGCUGAGCUGGGACAAGUUACACGCCGCGAGCAGGGAUUCAGAGCCGGGAUCACCCUUAUCCACUCCAAACAAGCUUGCUCUGAAUGCUGGGAUGUUCAGCCCUUCAUCAGUGCUUCAGCUGACGUGGUUCCCACAAUCAGCUACAGCCCCUCCUCUGAUGGCCAGGAGGGCUCUCGGCAUCUUCGAGUUAUUCACCACCUGAUGUGGAUCUCCCCCCACCUUAUGAUUUAAGAUGUAAUGCUGUAAUAAACUUUGUCGCCGGUUCCUAAUAAUGGCUUAUUGUAAAAUGUUGAUCUCGUAGUAGCUCUCUGGCAGCUUUGUGCCAGGAAAGGUCUAGCCUUUCUAGGAGUAGUUCUCUUUUGCUACUUUCUGAACAUGUGGUUUCGCUAUAUUAAAUAUAAUGGAGUCGGGGAUUCGGUCCCUUUCCUUCUAAAAAAACUAUACUCUUCAUCGGCGGUGGCUGUUGUUCCAUUGCGUCGGUCUUAUGGGGCCUUAGCACGACGACUUCCCGACUAUCUACUACAAUAAGUUUU